AUGAAUGUGGUCCUAGCUGCCUUGCUGACUCUUCUAGCAUCUAUGGAACUUGCUCAUGCUCUGCGGUGCUACACCUGCAAGAGGCCUACAGACCUUGCAAAAUGUGUCUCCAUAACAAACUGCUCCGAGGAGAUGACUGCCUGCAAGACCACCGUGCUCUCUUUGGAUACAGGAUACCCGUUCUUUGGAAACGUAUCCGUGGAGAAGUCCUGCUCCAAAAACUGUGUCCCUUCUGAUCCAGAUGCACUCGGCGAGCGCCACCCUGACUAUUGCUGCUACACGGAUUUGUGCAAUGUUCGUGCGGGGUCAGAGGUCAACACCACUGUCUCCACCACGACCAUCAUGGUCACUUUGGCCCUGGCCCUUCUCUGGACAGGAUUAAGUGGCCUCUCCCGACCUGUCAAAGCUGUCAAGGAGGAAGCCGGCAUUGGAGGCUGCUUGGCGUGA